ACGACGCGUCGCAGUGCCAAGACAACUCUAUCUCAAACCCGUCAGCCAAGGAAGAGUGAUCGCGCGUUGAGCUGAGACUGACUCGGGAUGUCCCGCAACGCCAACAUCGCUACCUUUUUCAAGCCGGUACCAAAAUCCUCGAAGAGCCCUCAGCCAAAGACCUCAACGGCAGAAGUUCCGCCAACCCCACCCCCACCAUCGCCAUCACCACUGCCUGCCCUCUUCUCCUCAUCUCCGCCCGCGCCCGCUUCAACUGUCAGAGACCGCAAUGCAGUAAUUCGAGCUUCGGAUGACGAGGACGACGAUGGCUUCAGCUCCUCUGACGACGAUUUUCCGUCUCUGUUUCCAAAGCCCUCUGGCAGCACGCUCCCCCCCCGGCCUGCAGGGAAAGCUGACAAUGUCUAUGCCACGCCCAAGGCAAAGCGGAGAGCGGUCGAGUUUCACUCCUCGCCCUUAACCAUCAACACUCGACACAAGUUUGACAUCAAGGCGCUUCUCAAACAUGCCGAGGCAGACAACGUCAUCGAGGAGAGCGAGCAGCGCACGGCUGCCAUCUUGGCCGAGGAGUCCCCAACUGCAUCUGGGCGAAGGACGGGAAAAGAGGGAUCCGUCAGCCUUCACGACUCAAUGUUGGAAGUCCUCUCUGACCCCGAAGGAAGUCAGGAUGAGGGAAACCGCGCGAGGCUAAUGCGCGCGAUGAGACGAACAGAGGCCACUGUUGAACGGAAGAAGUGGUAUUUCUUUGACCGCCAGGGUCAGCCCAGCACUACUGCGAUGGAAGUUCACCAAACCUUCCCCAAGGCCAAAGCCACUGGGGUUUGGACUCUGCUCGCAUCGGAGGCGCACAGAUCCGAGAUUUUCGAAGAUGGGUUAGCCUUUCAUAUCCAGAGCAAAAUGCGCAGCCUGCCGGACGAGAUAUUCCAAUGGGUGUUGAACCAGGUCACGCAUGAGAAGCACAAGAAGCUUCGAGACGAAUACUUGCGGCUCCUCGGCACUUGCCCAGACCAAAUCCAACGACUCAUCGACGAGGACCUUGUCUUGGGGCUGUUUCGGGACCUCGGGGCUUCUGGACGGGCCCUGGGGACGGCUUCACAGCCGGGGGGGCGCUCAGAAAACGGCGCUCCGUAUCCAGAGCAUAAUCGCGGUCGUCUACAAGCCGUUCUCCGGAUUCUUGCAGAGACGGCACAUGCUCUGAAUAUCAAGGUGCUCACACGGGUCAUGUCCAUCCUUCUCCGCCUCGGCAUCGAUAACAUUGCACGUGAGGAUUACGCCGUUAGUACCGACUUCCAGGACGCAUUACUACGAGUGGUAUUAGCGGUACCUUGGAGGUCAUGGAACAAUUUCUGCGGUCAUGUAGGCGAGUCCCUGUAUAUCCACACCGUAGACGCCACCCUUCGUUGGGACGCGGUUUCCGCCAUCCCUUUACUACAUCCGAAGUUGGUGGAGCUGCGGCGGAGGCUAGCACUGGUCUUCGUGUUUGACGACACGCGUCGGGCGUUCUCCGCGCCAGAAGAGACCUUCAGUAUACGGUCCAUCAUCGACCGUCUUGACCAGGCCGAUGAGUUCAUCAUCGACCGAACCAACACUGAUUACUUCGAACUGCUGGCCCUUUCCGAGAUGCUGAGUGUCGCAGUUGGCGACGGCUCACCACCCGGUGACGAUGCCAGUCCGGAGGCUAUCAAGCAAUACAAUUCUGAAGUCGACGAACUAGCGCACAGAAUCAGGUUCAUGUGGUCCAAUAUUCAUGGGCAGGGCGCCGCCUACAUGUCGAGGAUGGAGGCCCGAGUUCAACUCAAAGACUUCGAGCGCAAGCUACAACAUGCCGUACGAACACGGCCUCCUCUCAAGGGAGACAUUUUCGAGAUGAAUGCUAGAGAGGACGAAGUCGACAGACCCAAACAGCAGCAGUUCAUGAAGCGGUUUCUUUCCAAGAGCCAGCCGCCCCCGAAAACGCCUUAGAGGAUAAUUUGGCGGCUGGAGAAGUUGUUGUGUGACCUUGGUGCAUGGCAUAUCUGAAUGCUUCAACUGCUGGUGGAAUCGCUCUUCAACCUGUAUCAUACAGACAGACCCUUGAGAUACCCCGUCGCACAGUGGCUUAGCGUGGCUCUACCUCGCGGUCAUGAUAAUCAAUAAUGUUUUCCCAAGCAUAAAUCCCAGUCAUGUAUAUGAGCUGAUAU